AUGAGCUUUACUACGUUGCCAAUACAGACAUUUGAAGAGUUUGAUCCUUCGGUUCCCGUGGUUCUUCCUCAUGAAAAAGUCUAUUCCAUCCAAGUUGGGUAUAGGUUAUUCCGAUUGAGCGGGUUAUCACUUUCAUCAGAUUCACCGUCCUAUUUCACUAAAUUUUUUAGCGAGCCAGAGAAUGAAGAGAAAGUCUUGUUCUUUGACAGGAGCCCCAGGGUAUUUGAAAAGAUAUACACACAUUUACAAGGUUAUUCCAUCAAUGUCGAAGAGGAUUUUGAAUUCAUGCACCUCUGGAGCGAUGCCUGUUAUUUCGGAUUAACAGGAUUAAGAAAAGUGUUAACAGAACACGAUUAUUUUGCCACCGUUGGUACUGAACGAUUCAAGAUCCCCAAGGCAUUGCUUCAAGGGCAAGGAAACUACCCCAACUACUUUUCCAUCCAUUCAGAAAGACUUUAUUUCGACAAUUUGGCUCUUGUUGAAAAAAAGAAUAUGCUCAGACCACCACCACAGAGACCGUGCAUUGUAUCGAACCGCUCGCCGGAAUUGUUUCGGGACUUGUUGGAGAUUUUACGUGGGAACAUUUUAGUGAUCAAAAGCAAUGAGCAUAGACAGUUGCUUAUCAAGGAGGCAAAAUACUACCGGUUUAUGGAAUUGGAACAAAGGAUAUUGCAACACAAGGUCUUGGCUGCCGGUAUUGUUUUAAAUUUGAAUGAUAUUGCAAGAAAGGGAUUGGUGAAUGAUUCUCCAGCAGAUAAACUGAACGAAAUACCACUAAGAUAUUCAAGACCAUAUAUAGAUGAGCCCAAGCGAGACCUCAUAUUCCAAAUUGAUAACUCAUUGGAGAACCAAGGCGAUGUUAAAUUAAAGUUGAAUAAGAAAACAAAAAUUGUUACCGCAGUGUUUACAAAGAAAACUUUUGCAAAGUAUUUGAAAGCAUUUGGAAAUUUAAAAGAGGGUGUAAUGAUGGAGAAAGAUUCUGCAACAUUGUUUGUUGGGUUCAAUAAUCUGUCCACGGUCAUCAAUGGCCGCGAGAUGAAACAGUGUUGGGUUAGCGACUUGAUCGGUGAUAACAUUCCAUUCACUAAUGGAACAGAUGAGCCAGAAGGUAAAGAAGCACCUUCAAAAAAGAGGAAAUUAUCAGAUGACAUAAAAGGAGAGAUAAUUGAAUUGUAUUUACGCAAAUCGUUAUGGAAAGUAAUGAUGCGAGGGCCUCUCGCACGUCUUGAGGCAGUGACAUUAGAUGCAGUAACGACAUUAAAGGAAGAUAAGGUCGAGUUUCUAUAG